UGGAAAUAAUAACUUGGGUCUGUGUGCUUUGGCGCCCUCUAGCGGUCAGUGGCUCGGUUGGUAGUUUCUGUAAAGUCACGUGGUUUCGGGGAAAAGGCUGUGUCCGGGGGCGGGAGCGGGACUCCCGGACUCGAACUUGAGAUUAACAGAAAGCAAAAGCUUCGCAGAGGAAACACCGCUGAGGUUUACUUCCGCCGGUUCGGUCAAACCCGGUUUAUCAGGUCAUGGUCGCGGUGAGGAUGCGCUCCACGCGCAGACUGCGCUCGUGGAUCAUCGAGCAGGUCAGCAGCGGGAAGUACCCCGGCGUGAUGUGGGACGACGACGCCAAAACCAUGUUCCGCAUCCCCUGGAAACACGCAGGGAAGCAGGACUUCCGCAAAGAUGAAGACGCCGCCAUCUUUAAGGCGUGGGCGCAGUUCAAGGGAAAGCUGACGGACGGGGGUCAGGAUAACCCGGCGGGCUGGAAGACCCGCCUUCGCUGCGCUCUCAACAAGAGUCCCGAGUUUAAGGAGGUUCCGGAGCGAGCCCAGCUGGACAUCUCUGAACCCUACAAGGUCUACCGGCUCGUCCCCAUCAGCGAGCAGGGUUUGGUGAUUCCCGAGAAGACAAGCAAGGAAAAGGGCGGCAGGAAGCUGAAGAGGCGUGGCAGCGAGUCCCAGAGCGACUGCAGUCGGGUCAAACAGAUAAAAAUCGAAGAGGCUCCGCCCCCGCCGGUGGAGGCGGAGCCUCUGCUGCAGAGCGCCGUCCCAUCUCAGACGGAGGAGUUCCUGCAGAGCAGCACCGUCCUGCAACCCGACGCUCUGGGCGAGAUCCAGCUGGACGUUCGCAUCGAGGAGAGCGUCUCCGCCCCCGCAGAAGGUCAGGACUCCCUGGUGGUGGCGGUUCAGUUUUUGGGUCAGGAGGUGGUAAGGCGACAGAUCUUUGGCUCCGACGUCCGGAUCCUGUACCAGCCUUCGUCCGCCCUGCCCCCGACGCCGGCUGUCCUGAGCAGCAACUUCCCGCGCAUCCUUCUGCCGGAGCCGCCCGCCACGCUGCCCGCCGGCCAGCAGCGCCAGGCCCUCUUCACCCUGCUGCCCUUCAUGGAGAAGGGGGUGGUGCUGACGUCCUCGCCGCAGGGUGUUUACGGGAUGAGGUUCUGCCAGGGGCGGGUCUUCUGGAUUGGACCGCACGGCUGUGAGGCGGGCCUGCGGCGCAUGGAGCGGAACACGGAGCCGGUGCUGCUGUUCAACAAAGAGGCCUUCAGGCAGGAACUGGACCAUUUCCGGACGAAUGGCGGCGACCCCCCCCAGUGCAGCUUCACUCUGUGCUUCGGGGAGGAGCUGACCCCCAGCGAGGACCCCAGCACCAAACUGAUCACCGCCAAGGUCUCUCUUCCCUGGGCGGAGGAGCAGGUCCGGAACGCUGACUCCAUCUUCCAGUCCAUCUCGGUGCUCCAGACUCUGGCCAGCCAGUCUCCGCUGGGGGAGAUCACCCUGAACCUGGUGUCGGUGCUGCCGUCGGCUAACCAGGAACUCUCAGCACUUCCUCCCGUCUGACUGAGGAACCGGGAGGAGUACCGCCGGCUGGUCUGUCCCCCCUCCCACAACGAGGACGCUUGAACCUGAAGGUUUUGCUCCUAAAGCUUUUGCACAAAGAUCUACUGCACUUCUCUGUCACCUUUAGACCAAGUCUGAACAUUCCAGCCCUGAAAUCCAGUCAACCUCAAGGUGUGAAGGAUCAGGAAACACUAAAACUGAAGGAACUUUUGGACGUUUGAACAUUCCUCAGAAGAUGGAGGAAAAACACACUUAGAGCUUAGAGCUUCAGAUUCCUGAUGAUCUGAUCCGUCAUUCUGUCCAAUCGUCUUUCUUCCAAUGUUUGGAAAAACCCGGAUUGAAGCUUCAUCGGAUCGUCUUUGACGUCUGCCUGCAGAACCUCGUGUGUGCAUGUGUGUGUGCACGUGAAAAACCACAAGACAAGAGCUGCAGGUUAAAAGGGGUUUAAGUUAGUAGGUCGGGUUGUACCACAACUCAGGAGGGGGUGGAAGACUGGGAUGUACCAACAGGUCAGUCUGUUGUCGUCCCCUCGCUUUUUAAAUAAAGAUGUCUCUGUGGGUUCUUGGGAGGGGGUGAACACAGAAAUAAUGGGGGCUAAAUGCUCCCGUUGGGGGGCGAGGACAGCUCUGCUAUCUUAGCGUUCAGCCUCUGAUUGGUCCAGUCCUUCGUGAUGUCGUCCAAGUGGCUGUCAAAGUCCACCAGUAGAGCGUGAUCGCCCGCCUCCAGCAUCUGGGCGGCGAUGGCCCGAGUCUCCUCCCACUGUCUGAGCAUGAUCCUGGGGGGGCAGAGAGUCAGGGGUGAAUACAGAGGUCAUGUGGUGCAGCGGCCAACACCACAACCAAACUGGCUGCAGAUAUUGAUCUGAUCAGGAUCUCUAAAUCAGAGAUUUCCUCCAGAACUUUCCUUAAGAAGCUGAAAAUACUAUCAUUCUGGAGCGGCGUGGGAUUCAGUGUCUUAUUCAAGAACACUCACAUAUGGGUGUUCAGGGCGGGAAUCGAACCUCUUCCAAGUAAAAACCUCUGACCCACAGCCACUUUUUGUACAAUCAUUCCAUCCAGAUUACACAUUUGUUCAACAGCAGGAAAGUUGUCGUUCUAUUUCUUCAUUAGUAAAAGUUACUUUGAAUGAAUCUUAAACUCCAGACUUUAGAAGAUGUCCUUGAAUGCAGCACAAUGACUCAGUCAUGAAGGGAAAGGACUACAGUUGGACCCUGAAUGCACCAUGAGGUGCUUCCUCAGAGUAAAACUCUACUGGAAAAACAUUUCAGAAUAAAAGCCUCUGUUUUCCAUCUCAA